AUGGGGCCAUCGCUUACACGUGGUGUGUUCCAGCAAGAAAACUGGCUCACAAUGCGAAGCUAUUCAGAACUGUCCACGGGAAUCCUUGGAAUCGAGAUAGGAGAACUGGUAAAAGGAGCUUUGUCGAAUGUUCAGCGAUAUGUGUUACUGGCCGGAUUCAAUGAUUGUAGAGAUACUUCGACAUGUUUUGAUGUUCUCAGUGGCUGGGAAGACGAUGGCUUCAAUGUGUCGCAAUUCACUGCAAAGAAAACAAUCGCCUCACUAGAAGAUGGAAUAACCCUCAAUAAAGGAGCCCUACUGGAUAAAAACAACUAUCCGGCAGCCAUGCAUAAUAAAUCCACUCAAAUGAAAUUGACUACCUGA